CUGUAUUUCUUAAAUUUAUGAUUGGAUCUCUGGGAUUGUUGAAAUAAAAACAUCGGUUCUCAAGAGUCUGUAACUUUGUUUUUAAGGGAGGAUAUGAUUCAUUCAGAUGCCAGCAUUUGAUGUUCGUGAAUUAAGUGGCUUUUUGUUGGAAUGAAGAAUUUAAAGACCACACAAGAUAAAAAACCGUCAAGUCGAGCUUCACAUGAACCAAAAACGGAACAGAGCAGUCAAACAGCAGAGGGCUCAGGCUCUUCAAGCCAUGAUGGUCGAAAAGUUUCACGCCAAGAUAUAGAACUUGUCCAGAAUUUAAUUGAACGAUGUUUACAACUGUACAUGAAUAGAGACGAGGUUGUCAAAACCCUAUUGAAUCGAGCGAGGAUAGACCCUGGAUUCACAACUUUAGUAUGGCGCAAGCUGGAAGAGGAAAAUGCUGAUUUUUUCAGGGCCUAUUAUAUAAGGCUAAAGUUAAAGAAGCAAAUCCUUUUAUUUAACCAUUUUCUUGAGCAUCAAUAUUAUAUGAUGAAAUAUCCCCUGCCUCCAAAGGUCCCUCUGGCCUCAAUACAAAAUGGAAUUCAUCCCAUGCCAGUUAACAACUUACCAAUGGGAUACCCUGUGCUUCAACAACCUCCAAUUCCAGCUACAGGGCAACCUCAUAUUGACUCCAUGGGUAUAUCUAGCUGUCAUGUGGUCAACGGAGUCCCUGCACCCAGCAAUUUUCAACCUAUGCAGAUGAGUACCGGGAAUGACAUGGUGAUGGACAACACUGCCCGUGAUGCAACACCUGCAAUUCCUCCAACCACUGCCAUGUCAUCUAUGUCAGAGAUGUCUGUGAGCUGUACAUCAGUGGCUUCCAGUGGGAGUUUUCCCUUCACUGCUUUAGACAUGUCAGGGAUGGGAGUAGAUACAUCAGCACUUGAUUCAGCCUUCACAACGGACGUGGCAAGUUCAGUAGGAUUGCAGCUUGGACAUGAUAAUGGAGCUGGGAAUUCUAGAGAUUCCUUUAGAUCACUUGAUCAGAUUCAGUGGAAUUUCAGUCUCACUGAUCUCACUGCAGACUUGUCAAACUUAGGAGAUCUAGGUGCUCUCGGGAACUACCCUGGUUCUUCUUUUCUUCAUUCUGAUUCAGAAAUUUUGCCCGAUUCUUCAGAGCAAGAUAAUAUAGUGGAGGAAUAUUUUGUUGAUUCUGUCCCUGAACAGCCGUGCUCUCCGUCCGAUGAAGAUAAAAAAUCCUAGCUCAAGGUCAGUCUUGUAAGCCCUUAUCUUGUUAAAAUUGAUAGCAAUUAGCAACAAGAACAAGGCUCGACAUCUAUUCGGUAGGCAUUUUGAAAUUGAAUUGUUAGCAAAUUUGAACAUCUAAGCAGUGUAACUUUAGCUUGUGAUCAAAUCAAUAGCAGUCAACAAACAUGAAAGUAGCCAAGUUACUCUUAGUGGUAAAUUUUCAGAUUAUGGAUAUCAGACCCUCAAUUUUAUUUGGGGAAUCUGAGGAUCAUUUAUUCGUAAUCUUGUGU